GAGGCUACUACCCGGGUGCAGGAGGAGGCGGCAUAGCGGUGCAGGGCAGUGGCGCGAGCCUGGUGGGGCUGUCGCAGGUCUCCGUCACCAGCAGCAACAGCGGAAUGCUCACCCCCCUCGCCCCGCCCCGACCCGGCGGAGGGGCCGGAGGCGGCAGCAACAGCAGCACACCGGACCACGGGGGUAUGGGUGGCGGCGGGGGUGGUGGCGGCGGCGGUGCGGGUGGCACCCUGUACGGCGGUGGCAGCCCCGGCGGCUCCUCCCACGCGCGGCAGCAGUGGGGGCUGCGGGAGCGGGUGGUGGCGGUAGAGUCGCUGCUGCACCUGGCGGGGGAGCUCAAGGCGGCAAAGCAGGCCAUUAUUCUUGCGCUUCCCGGCCGCUGCCAGCGCGAGGUGGAGGCCUACUUCAGUCGCACCGUGGAGGCGGCGGGCGACCUGCGGGACCACCUGUUCAAGGCGGCGGCGAGGGCAAUGAUGCAGGGCGUGUGGGACAGCGACCGCGGCAUCCCCGCCGCCAUCUCCGUCACCGACUACAACGUGCGCUCCCCCGCCGACAAGCACUCCCCCUGGGCGGACUUCACGGUGGCAGCACUGGAGCGAUUCCGAGCCCGAGUGGCGGCGGCGGGGCUGCCGGGGGGUCUGGCGGGGGCGCUGUGGGAGCACGCGCUGGGGGUGGUGGUGGAGGGGCUGCUGGGGGGGCUGGCGGCGGUGCGGAGGUGCACGCUGAUGGGGCGAGCCAACAUGUCGCUGGACCUGGCGCAUGUGGAGAAGCAGCUGCGCCUCAUGAAGCAGCCCACUGCGCCCCUGGCGGUGGUGGACGCUUACAUCAAGGCCUUCUACCUGCCCUGGGAGGAGCUGCCCGGGUGGUGCCAGUCCCACCUGUCGCAGUACGGCAAGCAGCGGCUGUUCACGCUGAUCGAGGUGUCCGCGGAGUUCAACAAGGUGCGCCGGGGAGCCAAGAACGAGGUGCUGGAGAUGAUUGAGGCGCUGGACCCCGCACGCAGCUUCUGAGGGGCGGCGGGAGCGGGAGGAGGGGGAGGAGGUAGCAGCUUCGGAGCCUCUGGGGGUGGUGGGGCGGGAUGAGGCACGUCACCAAGCGGGCAGACACAGACACAGCCGCUCGCACUCGGCACGUACUGCGAGUUGACACCCACCCCGCCUAGUGUGUCUUCCACGUGUUGCAUAUAUACCGUGUGUGUUGCGUAGCGUUAUGGCGGGCGCUGCUGCCGUACAUGGGCGCUGCGGCGGCGCGUGGCGGUAGGCAUGGAGGCAGCCGAGUAUAUGGGUAUAUGAGUGUGGUGAGGUGUGAUCAUCGACCGAUCGCCCUAUCUUCCGAAGUCCGAGUACUGGUACCGCUGGUGGUGGUUAGGUUAGGGCUUGGGAGGCGUGCGGCGUACCGCUUUGCGCUGCGAUGAUGAUGAGGAUCAGUUGUGGGUGAAGGUGGGAAGGGAGGCAGGUGACGGCUCGACUGGCUCGUGCGUGCGCCGCCGCGUUGGCGCUGCGGGUGGUUCACGUGGCGGCGUGCUUUUGGCGGUGCUUGGGGAGGGGGGCUAGCGGCACCUUCACAUGGCGCGUGCGGUGGUGCGUGGCGGUGGCGGCGCGUGCCGGCUGUGGGCCAUGAGGGGAGCGGCAUGGGUGGCUGCAGCGGGCUGUGGUCUGCUGCUGCUGAGGGGUCAUGCCUGAGGGGAUUGCGAGCGGGUUGAAAGUGCUAAGAGUGAGAGGGGGAAGUGGGUUAUUAGGGGGUUUAGGAAGGAGCGAGCUGGGGGCUAUUAGAAUAGGGGACACGCCUUACAGGGGGUCUUGUACAGGGCAGCGCACAGCAGCAUAUCCCACUAGGAAUCCCUGUGUGCGCCAUCGUGCUUUUAGGAAGCAGCUUAUUUACAAAGUUGGCGUGACAUGCAUUUUGAUUCUGGUCUGUUUAGGAGUCGGAGUGCGUUCACAUGGUUUGCUUGGCCCGCUUGGGAGGCAUGUGUGUGUUGUGCGGCACUCACGGAGGAAAACCCGAUUGCGGGGAAGUUACAAACGGCUUGACGGCUUGUUAGUUGUUACAGCACCACGUCA